CUGAUCGACUACAUCAUCGGUGGUGGAUAGAUUAGUACGCCUGCGCCGUCAAGACGUCACGUCUCUGGAUGUAAAUACGCACAGGUAGUCAGAAAGGUGAGUUUUGCGUGAUUUCCUGGUGAAAGUGAAGUGAAACAAACUGAAUGAGAAUAUUUUAAGACUGGUUUUAAUCAUUUAAAAAUAAUUCAAAGCUGUCAAAGCUUCCUGGAUACAAGUUUAAACUACAGUUACGGCGAUGGAAGACAGAGACGGAGCUGCAGCCUCUGAAUCAAUGGCCUCUGAACAAGAUCAGGAAGUUCCACCUUCCCGUCCUGUGUCCAACGUCACACCUGAUCCUGCAGAUGAUUCAGUCACAGAUGAACCUCAAACCAGAGCAGACGUCUUAAAAUAUUACUGUCACCUCACCCUGGACCCAAACACAGCAUACAGAGAGAUGCUUCUGUCUGAGAGCAACAGAAAAGUGGAGCUCACCAAUUUAGUCCAGGACUAUCCUGAACACCCAGACAGGUUCUCUCACCUCUUUCAGGUGCUAUGUAAAGAGAGCCUGUCUGGACGCUGUUACUGGGAGGUGGAGUUUAAAGAGUCUGUUGAAAUAGCAGUGGCGUACAAAGAUCUCGGCAGAUCAGACUAUUACGCUGAGUGUGCGUUUGGUUGCAACGACAAAUCCUGGAGUUUAGACUUAAACAGAAACUAUAAAUGUUUCAGACACAAUGAUGAAGAGACUGAGGUGCCAGAGCCUCAGUCCUCCAGAGUCGGUGUGUAUCUUGAUCAUAAGGCCGGUAUUCUGACCUACUACUGCGUCUGUGACACGACGCUGCAGCUCAUACACAGAGUUGAAACAUCAUUCACAAAGCCGCUCUACCCCGGGCUGUGGGUCGCAGGCACCGCCAAGCUGUGUGACCUGGAGUAGAGGUGCAGACAAAUACUGAAGACUCUGUCCUGUGUCAGCAAAUGUCAGUCCACUGGUAAAAAUGUACAUUUUAAUUUACAUUAGAGAUGAGGAUGAACAUUCACACACAUAAAGAGACUACAAGGAAUACAAAGUAUUAUAAUGUAUCUUAAAAGAAUCUUGUCAUUUUACAUUUUUAGCCAUGCUAGCCUUGUGGCUCCAUGUGUUUUGGAUUGAUUGCUAUGAAAUUAUGUGCAGACAUUCAUGUUCCUCAGAGGAUUUCUUAAAAGACUUUGGUAAUCCCCUCUUCCCUGGAGAAGACCCAGAACUCACUGUAUAUAUAUAUAUAUAUAUAUAUACAUACAUACAUACAUACAUACAUAUACAUAUAUAUGAGAAUUAUAAUCCUCUCGUCCAUAUCGCAGCAAGAAAGUGAACAUGGUCAUUAAUAAGUGCAUUUCCCAAAAUCUUAAACUAUUCUUCUAAGCUUCUUUGACAUAACUCUGGGGACUGGCUGACCACCUGAGGCUGGCUACUGAAUGAGUCAAUCUCCAUAAGCGCAGCAUGCGCACAGUUCCGUCCCUUCUGCCAUAGCAUCUCUCAACAAAGCAUCCCGGUAACUACCAUGUGUGGGAGCUAUGGGUAUGGGAUAGGGGUGGAGAAAUGUGCUGUAUUGAAUGUUUAUGCUGUCGUGUUUCCAUGUACAGUACGUACCUGUGUUUAAAUGUCCUUGUAAGUACAAUAAAGUAUCUAUC